ACCCUCUCUUUUCCUCUCUUCUCUCACACCACUAUGCACCACCCUCCCGCGCUCCCGGCCCCGUCCGCCGGAGAUGCCGCCAAGCACGGCAAGAAGCGGGGCAGUUACAACUGCGGCCGCUGCGGCCUCCCCAAGAAGGGCCACACCUGCACCAUCAAAACCCCCGCCUCCGCCUCCACCCCCGCCCCUCCCGACUCCUCCCUCUCCGUAGUCUCCGCCCCCUCCUCUGCUCUCCGCCAGCCUCCCUCCAACCUCCGCCGUGCCCUCUCCUUUGACGAUCUUGAUGACCGCCCCGAUCUGCCCCAACCGGACGAUAAAGCGGAUGCGGAUUUGUUUUUCGAGACCGAACCGGAUCUGGAUCUGGACGUGGGCUCCUGCGGCCUGCCGGCGUGCCUUCUUUGGGAGGUCAUGCGCCGGCUGCCGCCCACGGGGCUGCUCUCCGCCGCCAGGGUGUGCAAGGGAUGGAGGGACACGGCCAAGAGGCUUUGGAGGGCCGCGGAGGAGUUGAAGCUUAGGGUUCCGGUUAACGUUCCGGUCGGGUUUGUUGCCUCCAUGUUGCAGAAGUGCCCUGGGAUUGUGAGACUCUCGCUUAGGAUGGAAAGUGAUUUCGAUUCGACGAUGCUGGCUUGUGUUGCCUUUUCGUGCCCUAAUCUUGAGUGUAUGGAGAUCUUGACUUUUAAUUCUGCAACCAUUCGAAUCAAUGGGGAUGAAUUAGGCCGUUUUGUUGCUGAUAAAAGAAGCCUCAAAAGCCUUAAGAUGGAAGGUUGUUCUAACUUGGGGGCUUUUGUUCUCUCUUCGUCUAGUCUUUCUACACUCUGGCUAUCAGAUCUGCAUUCUCUCUCUAAGAUGGUAUUUAAUUGUCCCCAGUUGAAAGAGAUAUCCUUGGAGUUUUCCUGUCAAGAAAAUGAUAGUACGGAUCUCACAACUAUGAUUGAAGGUCUGGGAAGAAGUUGUCCUAGAUUGCAAAAGAUACAUAUAGCUUCAAUGCGCCUUUCUCAUGCCUCUGUACUUGCUCUUACAGCUGCUCAGUUGAGGGGGCUGCGAAUGCUUUCUCUUGUUCUCGGAUCUGAAAUCACUGAUGCAUCUGUUGCUUCAAUUGCCUCAAGUUAUCCAAACCUUGAAUUGCUUGAUCUUAGUGGAUCUGGUGUAACUGACAAUGGUCUAGGAAUGAUUUGCAAUGCGUUAUCUGAAACACUGUCAAGACUGCUUCUUGCUCUUUGUCCUAACGUGACUUCAAGUGGUAUUCAAUUUGCUACAUUUCAGUUGCCGCAACUUGAAAUUAUGGACUGUGGCAUGACCAUAUGUGAUCCCAAUUUGCAAAAUCCAAUUGCUGAUGGAAACAACGACAAAGGACAGAAAAUGUCCGACACUAAUCAACACCUUAUAAGCCAAAAGCUAAUCAUCAAACACAGCCAUUUAAAAAAACUCAGUUUAUGGGGUUGCAGCGGCUUAGAUGCCCUAUACUUAAGCUGCUCACAACUCGAGGAUCUGAAUCUAAAUUCUUGUAGUAAUUUGCAUCCAGAUCAACUGAUGCUCCAGUGCCCCAAUUUGAAAAAUGUGCACGCAUCAGGUUGUGAAGAUAUGUUAAUACGGACCAUCCAAAGUCAGGUCCGCGAUACUUCUGCUGCCAUAGAAAACCAUUCACCUUCUUCUAAACGUCUACCUGAUGGCUCCAAAAGGAUUAGGGUUACUCCAUUACUCAACGAUGAAGCUCCUCCUGAACCUGAAACAAAACGCAGGAAGAUCGACAGACAAAUUUGUAAUGUGCUUCUGAAUUGAUAAUGUAUAUGUACGACGUCGUACGUUAUUUAAAUUCUAAAUGCAUUAUGCCAUCUUUAGUUACUGAACAGGUCAUAGUUUUUCAAGUUAGGAUCUCAUAUUGGGCCCUAUAACUAGCUUUUUAUCAGACAGGUGUUCAUGUUUAGAAUAUUAUUGUUGUAUGAUAUUUGGAUGACUAUUUUAUUUUUAAUAAAAAUUAAUAUUUUCAAUUUCUCCAAGUCA